CGCUUUCGACACCUCCCAUCUGAUCGUUUUAAUGCGGUUUUAAGAAGCUGUGAGAUGAAAGCCGGGCAGUGGCUCGCACAAAGAAGACACAGGCUAUAUGCUAGUGGUUAUAGCAAGUGUAGAGACAGAGGGAACAAGACAGGUUGAGAUCUCACUCUGAUCAGGUUUAGAUUGGUUGGUAGUUUGCUUGGCAUUAAAUGAGCACGACAACCCUUCAGCCAGCUGGAUACAUCUUAUAUACAAGGACAGAUGUGUGCUACAGUGACCCUAAAUUGUUGUGAUGAGGAGUAAGAGUCCAAUGUUGCAUUAGUCUCAUUGUGACAUGCUGGCCUGUCUGCCGGUAUCAAACCCCUCUCUCCAGCUUCUCUCGCACACGCAGAUGAACACUGGACUCCAGAAAUGGGACACUACACAGAGGAUGAGAUCAGCACACUAUCCUACCCCAGCGGAAUUGGAUGCCUAUGCUAAGAAAGUUGCCAAUAAUCCACUGACAAUAAAAAUCUUCCCCAAUAGUGUGAAAGUACCUCAGAGGAAGCAUAUUCGCCGUACCGUCAACGGUCUCGACACCUCCAGCCAGCGCUACAGCCCUUACCCACCUCAGGUCAACACCCGGACGGGCCUCUUGGCCAUCGUCAAAGUCCCCGUCAAAGGGAUCCUCAAGGACAUCGAAGGCGGCCGAGCCCGGUUUCUCCCUAAGCUCAUCAUGAACCCGCACAGUGGGCUUUACGCCAAUCCCAGCACUUUAAAUGUUCCUCACACUGUUCCACACCUUCAGACUCCUUUAGGCCAGAAGAGUCUCGCUCAUUCUCAGACCUUGCAGCAGAAGAGCAGUUUACAACCACAGCAGAGCCUGGCCCACCAGGAGGCUUUACAUCAGAGCCAGUCUCACCAACCGCCAGUACCACACCACGCCCUAAACCACCAACAGACUCUCAUGCAGCAGCAGCCACAAUUGGCUGGUCCGCAAGGACUCCGGCAUCUGCCUGAUAUGGCGCAGUCGGUGAACCUGCAGCACUCCCAGGGUUUCUCUCAAUCCCAGCCCAUGCCACAGGCUUCUUGCGCUGGCCCUCCGGCCCCCGGCGUCUCACAGCCCCCCCUGGCAGGCUUACAGAUGCCACGCAAGCUGCCCGAUGCCGACGCCCCUCCCAAUGUGACUGUGUCUACCUCAACCAUCCCCCUGUCCAUGGCUGCCAGCUUACACCAGAACCGGCCUAGUGACCUGAGCAGCAUCGUCAAUCAGAUCAACCAGUUCUGCCAGGCUCGGGCUGGCAUGGGCUCUACCUCCAUGUGCGAAGGACAGAUCGCCAACCCCAGUCCCAUCAGCCGCAACCAACUCAUCAAUGCGAGCUCUCGGGUGUGCACCCAUCCCAGUGUGGGUCCUCCGCCUUCUUGCGUCUUUGGUAACUCUGACAAAGGCGGUCCUGCUCCCACUCUGGCACUGCCCAACAUCGCUGCCAUGAACAGGAUGCCUCUUUACCACAGUGAUAUGAAGCAGCAGCAGCAAUCCCAGCAACAACGGCAGCAGGGCACUUGGGGGCAACACCAGUUGGCGCACCUUCAGCACCUUCCGGAGGGAGCGGCUCACCAGGGCAAGAAUCUCCCCAGAGACGGACUAGUUGGACCAGGGUUUCUCACUAAGAAUAUGGGCUACCCGCAGGAGGUGUGCAUGGCACAGCCCUUCAACUUGAAGUCCUCUACUGAUAAACCAACUCCAUCUCCUCCGGUCAACGGGAUGCCCAUGAGUUACAGUAACAGCCACUACAUGCAGCCACCCUGGAACAACAUCCUGCCCACCCCAAACAGUGAUAGCUCAGGGUCUCAAGACCUGGUGGGCUCGUUCCACGGGGGCCUCUCAGGGGCCUCCAUAGACUGCACCCCCGGAGCACAGUAUAGGACCGGGGCAGCCAUUUCCAGCCAGACAAACCUGAUACAGACCAUGGAGUAUUUGGGUGGCGACUUCCAGGCGCCCUGCUUCCGAGCACAGAAUCCUGGCACAAUGGCAAAGAUGCACAGAGCCUCCGUGAGCAGGGCCACAGAUUCAGGUGAAAGUAGAAAUGUGCACAUCCACCACCCAGGGUACAGAUGAGCUGCGGCCAGUUGACGCUAGUCAGUGUUAGUCUGAGCGCAAGGAAAAAAUCCCCCCCUUCCCUUGCAAGUAAUCUACUGAAUGUUUCCUGUACAAUGAUCUACGUGGGUACCACAAAGUUAAACCCCCAUGUGCCACUUGGAUUUUUUCUUGUUUUUUGUAAAAUAAGUAGAUAUUGGAAAACACUGUAGGCAUGUAUUUAUUUUAGUUUAUUUUAAUAUUUUUUUCUUUCUAGAAAACAGCCAAAACAACUUCAGUUUAUGAGAUCAGCACUGUUUUUUCCAUUCCUAUCUGGCCUGUAUUAUGUAAAGGAAAAAUGUACCACACAACACGCAUAUCUUCACUUUAUCUUUUUGAUUCGCAAAUGUCCAUUAUUUAAAAAGCUGGGAAGACAUUCUCGGCAAAUGCCAUCUGUAUGUAGUUUAGGCCUACUUGAGAUUUGAAGUACUAACACAAUGAAGACAUUUAAGGGGUGCCAUGAUACUGAAAUAUUUGGCUGUUCCAUCGAAGCUAACAGCUUGUACAAUGUAUAGAGGUUGAUUUUAUUUUUGUUCCUCUCAAUGUUUACAUAUUGUGCUUUUUGUAACUAAUUCUGAAUCGAUAUGAAAGUGCAAACUGAUACUGGGAUAUGCACAUAUGACAAGACUGUUUCUUUUCCAGACUGUUGAACACGAAUCAGGUUAAAGUCUUAGAUGGAAAUGUAACACUAGGGCUGAGUCAUGCCACAUUGUGUACAAUGUUUAUCCUUCCCUUGAAGUGUCAGCUAAUGCACUAUCCUUUUACUCUCAUUUUUUUUCCUGUGUAUCCUAUUAGAUUUCAGUUUAAAUGAAGACUGCUGUAGACUGAAAUUACUUCGGGACUUGUGCUGUGCCCUAAUUGCAUAGCUUAGGGGUUUUAUUUUGUCUUUCAACUUAAUUGUUGCUACUUGAAUUCCAUUGGAAAGCGAUGGUAACGGCAGGCCUCGAAUCACUACAGGACCGACGUUUGGCAGCCGACCCAAAGCUACCUUUGGGAAGAGUGUCGUCAUCCACUUGUUCAUUAGUUCAUCGUUAAAGGAAAGACGUCCUUGGCCGUAAUUGGAUGACGGAAGUGUGUUGAUGUAAGCGCAAUAUAAAUGAGCACCACGGGCUAGCCUGUGGCUUCACUGCUGUGUUACUGUAACUGAGAGGUGUGAUUAGCCGAUGUGAAUGCUGUGUGUCGGGGCAGAUUGGCUCCCUGCUUUUGCUCCAUCAUUAACACCAUACCGCUCUUUCCUGGCGGGAUCACUUCCAUCUCCGUCACACGCUGUUGUGUCAGCUGAAGCCUGCCACUGCAUUUUCCACCCACCUUAGGCACUUGAUGUGUCAUGUCGGUCUUAUCUAAAAUAGCUGAAAUGCACCACCGGUGACAGUCUGGGUCUGUUUGACGGGAAAUGACAUAAACAUAGGAUGCAUUUAAAGUCGAGUUGUUCUGUGAAUUCGAUAAUUGAUCCAUUGCAUGCUAUACCAUGGAGAGUUUCUCUCUUUCUCAGGUCUACCUGUGCCUCUUCUCGCAUUCUCCCUCGACUUUUGUGUCAAAAGAGUCUCUCUACCUUUAUCAGGGCAGGCCAUCUGGCAGUGGAGUAUGGGUAAUGUCAGUCUUUGGUGGAGCAACUGCAGAUGAGCAGAUGGGUGGAGCCGUGACACCCAGUAUCAUAACCUCCCUGUUUGCCCCCCAGAAGCCUUAAAUAUUUGAUCCUUGAACUGUCCUUGAUAGGCAUGGUGUAGAAUACAAAUUAAUGAUAUUUAGCUAAAUUAGUUUUUGUGAAACCAUGAAUUGGGGGAGCGAACUAGCAAACUCCUUAAAGGUUUUUUGUAUUUAGCAAUGUGUAUAGUACUGGGCUGUAACCUUUGUUGCAUUCACACCACAUCAUGUUAUGUUUUCCACACUAGUAUCUUUAUUUUCUCUGUUCACCAUUGCAGAAAAACCUGUUCCAGUCCUUUCCUGUAUUGGGCGAACACAUUAGCUUGACUAAAAGGUUUGCUCCCAGGCUGAUGUUUUUCAAUAACAGCAGGCCUAGUUUAAGCUUUCACGUUCGGAUACGUUGCCCAUGAAGCUGCUAUUUUGCUGCAACUACAAAAAAGUUGUUUCUUUUAAAUGUUGUGAGGACAGAGUUCAGAUCUAAUUUAUAUUACACCUUUUUUUUUGCAAUGCAAUAUCGUUAAUAGGUUGAGACGUAAUAAUAAUUUAUUCCAUUUGCCUGUCAACCAUGUCAUUUUAAAGCUUGGACUUCUUGUAUUUCUUUCGAUCCUCUUUUCAUGCUUUGUUACAGCUCAAGAGUACAAAGUCAGGUUGCUCUUUUAAUAGUUACUAUCUCUAUGUGAAGUGCCUCCUCUGGGCUGAUGUGGACCGUGUGUAUGUGACCGUUGGGAUGGAAAAAUGGACCGGCCCUAGUGCACAUACUGUGGAAGUCGUGCACUGCUCAUGAACAGGGGACCGAGCUACAAAAACUACUGAUAUUGUUCAAAAAUAAAGAACACUGUGUGCUGCUGCUGCAGGUGCAAGAUCUGUUCGGAUGUGAAUAGUUGCUGCUCAAUCACUAGUUUAGGUGGCGAGAGCUACGCUGCUGAGCUCCCUAGUGUCCUUGAAACAUUCGAAGGAAUGCUCUUUGAAAGUUCUCUGUCUUUUGGAGCACAUGCACUCCUGCCCCCAUUACCCCCCUCCCUCCCCGCACCCCACUUCCCUAAACAACACAAUGGCAGUUUUGGACCACAGGAGUGUGUGUUAGGACUCGGAGUUGAGUGUGUCUCAUCUUGUUCCACCAAAGAACAAAAUGUCACUUGAAUGGUAGCAGUGCGCACCUGUUUUGUUUAACCGAAAAACUGUCAUUCCAGAUACACAUUUUUUCAGGAACGAGUUGCACAAACAUUCCCCUCUAACCAAAAUAAAGUUUGAAUUGCAUUUGCAAA